AUGGCCCCCAGAAAGACAGUCGGCAUCCUCGGUGGCGGCCAGCUCGGCCGCAUGCUCACCCACCCCGCCGCCCUCCUCUCCAUCCCCCUCCUCAUCCUCGACGCGGGCGACUACACCCCCGCCAAGCAGACUCUCCUUCCCCCAAAGUCCCUCGCCCACCCCGACGGUCCCUUCACCUCUGAAUCCCACAUCCGCGAGCUUGCCGCCGCAUGCGACGUCUUGACUGUCGAGAUCGAGCACGUCAACGCCGACGUCCUGGAAGCCGUUGAAAAGGAGGGGCUCUGUGAGGUCCAGCCCAGUCCUAGGACGAUCAGAUUAAUCCAGAACAAGUACGACCAGAAAAAGUACCUGGCAGAGAAAGGUGUCGCUGUAGCGCCUUUCGAGGAGCUCCCUGCCAACCCGACUGAGGAGGACUUUAGGCGUAUCGCCGACCGACUGGGCUUGCCGGUCAUGCUCAAGGCCAAGACGCUUGCCUAUGACGGCAGAGGUAAUUCUCCCUUGAAGUCUACCUCCUCAGAGGAUAUCCAGGCUUCCAUCGAUUUCCUCGGCGACAGACCCUUGUAUGCCGAAGGCUGGGCUCCUUUCGUCAAGGAAGUCGCGGUCAUGGUCGUACGAAACAAGGAGGGCGAGGUCAGGAGUUACGACGCUGUUGAGACUAUUCACCGAGAAAGCAUCCUGAGGGUCUGUCUUGCACCUCUCAGAGGUGAGCGCGGUGUCAACCAGCGAGCUAGGGAACUUGCGGAGAAGGCUGUGGGGCAUCUUGAGGGUGCCGGUAUCUUUGGUGUCGAAAUGUUCCUCAUGCCUGACGGCGAACUCCUCCUCAACGAGAUUGCUCCUCGUCCCCACAACUCUGGACACCACACUAUCGAAGCCUGUUUGACAUCUCAAUUCGAGAACCACCUCCGGGCCAUCCUCUCCCUCCCUCUUGGCUCUACCGCCUUGCGUGUCCCGGCCGCUGCCAUGGUCAACAUCCUCGGUGCUGCCCCCACCAUGGACGCCAUCGACAAGAUGUCUGACAACGCCCUCACCGUACCUGGUGCUGCCGUUCACCUUUACGGCAAAGCCGAAAGCAGAAAAGCUCGAAAGAUGGGUCACAUUACCGUCACCGCCGAGUCGGAUGCCGAACUUCACGACCGCCUCCGUACUCUUCUUUUCGCUCAGCCCGACGCUGACGCGUCCUGGAUCGACCUUAUCUCCCCCCCGGCUCCAGCCCCUUCCCACUCCCACUCUAGACCUCUGGUCGGGAUCAUCAUGGGCUCAGACUCUGACCUGCCUGUCAUGCUACCAGCUACCAAGAUUUUGGACAAAUUCCAGAUCCCUUACGAGCUCACGAUCACUUCCGCGCACCGUACACCGAAGAGGAUGGUCCAGUAUGCCAAGGCGGCUGCUGGAAGGGGUCUGAGGGCCAUCAUCGCAGGAGCUGGCGGCGCGGCUCAUCUGCCGGGUAUGGUCGCCAGUGAGACCAGCUUGCCUGUCAUCGGCGUCCCCGUCAAAGCCAGCGUGUUGGAUGGUGUCGACUCCUUGUACAGUAUCGUUCAGAUGCCUCGAGGCAUCCCCUGUGCCACUGUCGGUAUCAACAACUCUACCAACGCUGCCCUCCUCGCUGUGCGCAUACUAGGCACAUCCAUUCCCGCGUUGAAUGCUGCCACAGAAGAUUACUCCAAGGCCCUUGAAGACGAGGUUCUGGCCAAGGUGGAAGUGCUUGAGGGGAAGGGUUGGGAAAAGUAUGUGAGCGAUGUGUUAAAAAAGUAG